AUGUCACCCGCCGUAUCCCAAGGCUCCAUCCCUUCGAUACCCUCCAACAACCCUGCACAAUCACCCUACCAAUAUCAACAAAGGCCACCACUGCAAUACCCCGGUAGUCAAGCACCCGUCUUCUCCAACGUUCAGAACCCCAACGGUGGACUGGCACUUGUCGGAGGCCACCCUGCGAUGAUGCCAGGAUUCAACAGCGGUCACGCAGCAGCUAUGCCUCAUUUCAUGGGCCACCCACAACACCAACAGCCUGCUGCUAACGACCGACCGUUCAAGUGCGAUCAGUGCCCCCAGAGCUUCAACAGGAAUCACGACCUGAAGAGGCAUAAGAGGAUCCAUCUAGCUGUCAAGCCUUUCCCUUGCAAUCACUGCGACAAGAGCUUCUCGCGGAAGGAUGCGCUCAAGCGACACAUACUCGUCAAGGGAUGUGGAAAAGCCACCGCCGACGACAACACCAAACGCGAAACCCCGUCGCCCAAAAUCGAGGACUCGAAGCACUGA